AUGGAAAAUGUAGGUGUGACAGUGAAAAGACUUUCCCAAACAAGAUGGAGCGCUCAUUGUGAUGCUGUGAAGCCAGUGAGGGCAAAUUUUGAAAAACUGACUUCAGCCCUUGAAAAGUUAUGUAAUCCCAAAGAAAAUGUGGACACAAGAGGAUCGGCUCAGAUGUUGCUGUCUGCCGUAUGUGAUUUUUCUUUUUUGUGUUACCUUUCUUUCUGGUGUGAAGUUCUAGAAGAAGUUAAUAUAACACAGAAAUAUUUGCAAACUGUGGGACUCACUCUUGAAAAGUACAUUGUGAAACUACAAGGUUUGAAAGCGUUUCUAGCAGAUCAGCGCAGUGAAAUUGUGGAGAAGGCCAUUUGUUAUGCAACUACUAUGUGUAAAGAAAUGGACAUUUCAAUGGAAAGAAGAGGGAGAGUAAAGCUACGUAAAACAAUGCCAGGAGAGAAGGCAAAGGACGCUGGUCUCACAUUGCCAGAGGAAAUGAAAAGGGCUAUGUUUGAGUGCAUUGACCGUUUUCAUCACGAGUUGGAAAUUCGUUCUCAGGCAAUUGAAAAAAUCCUUUCAAUGUUUGCUGUUAUUCAGCCAAGCUCUCUGGUUGUGGCAACAGAGAAAGAUAUUCGUAAUUAUACUCCAAAAUUGACUGAGAUUUUUGACGAAUUCUCUAAUGAAGACAUCUUUAGGGAAACUGAACGUCUUCAGAGGCAUUUGGAAGCUGCCAAGAUCAGUGUUGAAGAAGCAAAGAAAUGGACGGCAUUGCAGUUCCUGGAGUUCAUUGUUAAAUGGGAUUAUUGUGAAUCUCUGCCAAAUUUGUCACUGUGUUUAAGAUUCUUUUUGACUCUCUGUGUGUCUAUUGCUUCAUGUGAAAGAAGUAAAAUUGAUAAAAAAUUUCUUUCGCUCAACCAUGAGUGA